AGAAAACACAAGGAAGAGAUAGGCCUAUUUUCUCUAACUCUACAAGAAAGCGUCCAUAGUUUCAGGUGGAAGCAACAGGUGACAGAUUCAAGAUGGCGGGCACUGCACGACAUGACAGGGAAAUGGCCAUCCAAGCCAAGAAAAACCUUACCCACACCACUGAUCCAAUCGAGAAGCUACGCCUUCAGUGCCUGGCAAGGGGCUCAGCAGGCAUCAAAGGCCUGAGCAGGGUUUUCCGCAUCAUGGAUGACAACAAUAGCAGGACCCUUGAUUUCAAAGAGUUCGUGAAAGGGCUCCAUGAUUAUGCUGUGUUGAUCGAGAAAGAGGAAGCCGAAAAGAUUUUCAAAAUAUUUGAUAAAGAUGGGAAUGGAACAAUUGACUUUGAUGAAUUUCUCCUAACAUUAAGACCUCCUAUGUCCAAUGCAAGGAAAGAAGUCAUCAUGCAAGCUUUUCGAAAGCUAGAUAAGACAGGGGACGGAGUCAUCACUAUUGAAGAUCUGCAAGGAGUCUACAAUGUAAAACAUCAUCCCAAGUACCAAAAUGGAGAAUGGAGUGAAGAUCAAGUUUUUAGGACUUUCCUGGACAACUUUGAUUCACCUUAUGAUAAAGAUGGACAGGUCACAACAGAGGAAUUCAUGAACUAUUAUGCUGGUGUCAGUGCUUCAAUAGAUACCGAUGUCUAUUUCAUUGUGAUGAUGAAAAAUGCUUGGAAAAUCUGAGAUCCUAAAAUGACUCUGUUAUUCUUGUGCUUUUGUUCUAAAUAUCAACUUCAUCCAAUAUAUAGGACAGUGGUUAUACUAUAUGGAAUGACAUUGGCAGCUUUUACCAAAAGAAAUUAAAAUA